CUGGCCACACUAAUCCUUUUCCUGCUUCAUUUUUUCCGGAGGAAGUCACGUGUUCUUGGCUAAUAAAAAUUUUCUUAAUUAGAAAUGAAGCCAGCGACUACUAAAAAAGCGGCUUCAAAGCCAAAAUCGAAGGCUCCACCAAAAAAGAAAGUAGAAGAAGAAGCCGCAGCUCCUGCGAAACCUCCUACCCAGCCACUUUCUUCAAAAAAAGUUGCCAAAGCUCCAGCGGUGGCAUUGAGGAAUCUCGAGCUGGCCCAAAAGGAGGCGGCUAAAAAGGCCAUCGAAGCUGAAGCCAAAAAAGUGGUCUCUUCGGCCAAAAAAGUCACGGAUUUAUCUGGAAAGAAAUUGGCCCCAUCAUCGGGUUCUUCGGCUACGGAGUUAGUUAAAAAACCAAGAUCUGUUGCUCCGAAACGUGGCACCGAACCGAAAGAUGAGGCUCCAGCAACCAAAAAGUUGGCCACGGCUCAAAAGCCAAAACCAAAAACUCUAGCAGCCCCUAAGCCCGUAAAAAAGGAAGCCGAUCCAUCAAAAAAGGAAAGUGCUGAUUCCUUAGCUAACAAAACCAAAGCUGCAACCCCGGCCAAACCGAAACCAAAACCGAAGCCCCAACGACCGAAGAACAUUUUACGCGGAAAAAAGUUAGCCAAAAAGAAGGUCUGGCAACGCUUCAUCAUCGAUUGCGAAUGCGUGUCUGAGGAUUUGAUUCUGGAUGUCUCCGACUUUGAGAAGUACCUGAAGACCCACAUCAAGGUGAGGAACAAGGUCAACCAGCUCAACGAGCUGGUGACCUUCGAGCGGACCAAGAACUCCUCGCUGGUUGUUCACAGUGGAGUGCACUUCUCGAAGCGCUAUUUCAAGUACUUAGCCAAGCGAUAUCUGAAGAAGAACAGCCUGCGCGAUUGGGUUCGCGUUGUGUCCACUGCCAAGGAUACCUACUCCAUGGUCUACUUCAAUAUCCAAGACAAGGACGACGACGAUGAUGCCGAAGACACAAAGGCAUGCUAAGACAUUUUGUAACCUAAAAAAAAAGUCUUCAAUAUUUCUCAAAAAUUCAACUAAUGCUGGAAAACUCGUUAUGCAUUUUUGAAUUGCAUUUUUUCUUAAAAAUAAAUUUGAGAUGAAAUGUUUUUGAACUAAUGUAUAAUAUCGCCAGAACAAGAAAAACUAUAAGUUGUAAUAAAACUAUAUUUUUUUCAA